UACAUCUCUUUCUUGGACCACAAUUUCGGCAUAUACUCAAGUAUCUCAGACAACAGUCGCUAGUCGACAUUCAAACCAUAUACACAGCUUCUAGAGAUAUACCGAACUACCGGUGAGAAGUGUAGUCCAAGUCCAGUCACUUAACAAGUAACUACAAGUUAACAGGACAAUACACACCAACAGUCACAGUCAUCCGUGUGUUCAGUGGUAACAGUGUUGGUCGAAGAACGUGAACGUGUACACAUAGUUUACAAAGUGAACAUAUACAGAGAGAUCACACAGAGCUUUGCAGAGCGUCACACCAACAGUGAAGUGUGCAAUAAACAUUUGACGAACGCGUUCAUAUUUCCGUGCAGUUAAAAAGAAUAAAAAGUUUUUUUUUGUCUAAAGUGUGUGGUGAUAGAGAAUGAUGUGUGGUUAUGAUACAAUCAAACGUGUAUACAUUCAUAGUGCACAUCGCUUUUAAAACUUGCAAUUGGUUCACCUAGUAAACUAUAUUAUUUUUUUAAAUUUAAAUUUCGCGCGUAGUGUUUUCAAGUGCGUUAUUUGAUUAAUUAAAGCUCGCUCAUGAAAAUUCACGUACAUCGACGUGUUUACACAGUUUAUAGUUAAUUUAUUUUAAGACUUUUUUUUUGAAGUUGAAAUCAACGAAAUUAAUCAUGGGCUAAAAACUCUUUUUUUUAUAAAAAAACGUACAUUUUUUAUUUUAAUUUAAUUUUUUGUUGUUGAUUUAAAAAAAAUUUUCGAAAUGAUUUUAUAAUGAUAAAUAAACGACGUGGUAACGAAUUUUUUAUUAAAUUUUUUUAUUUUGAACAUUAUUUAUAAAAAUUUGAGUGAAUAUUUAUUAUGGCAAGUAAUAACGGACCGAUUUAUCAACAAUCACAACAACAGCAGCAGCAACAACAAAGGACCACACAAUAUCAUUGUAAAGAAUGCGGUGUUUAUUUUGAUUCGGCACAAUCAUUGGAUGUACAUUUACAAUAUCAUAAGGAGAAUUUGUUAACGAAAUGGGCAAAUCAAGCGGCGAAUCAACAACAAUCUGGCGGGGAAGAGGCGAAUAAUAAUAAAAUAAAACGUGAAUUAAUUACAUCGUCGGUGGCACAAGCGGCCGCAGAUUCAAGUGAUAAUACAAUUGUAAGUAGUAAUAAUAAAAAUCCUCCAGAUAGUCCUAGUGGUGCUGGGGGUGCAGGUAACAGUGGUCAUCCAGCAACACCACAAAGUUACCAUAGUGCACCAUCCCCAUAUCAAAAUGAACCCACAAAUUUUUCACCAAAUUUUCAUCAAUUUCAUAUCAAAACUGAAGGUGGUGGUGCAGGGGGUCCAAAUGAUGGACUAACACCACCAACAAUGCUAGCAUCACCAUUUCAUCCACAUUAUCAAAAUUUACAACAAUACCCCCCACCACCACCUGAUCAAACGCAAUAUUUUGAUCAAUUAUAUGCGCAAGAUUAUUUAAAUAAUAAAGCCCCAACAAAUAAUUAUCAUCGUUAUCAACCAUAUCAGAAUCCAAAUGCUCAAGUUACAUCAUCUUCGAAUAAUCAUAGUCCAGUUGGGGGUAUCGGUAGUACGGGUCCAUACGGGGGUGUGGGAACAACUAACUCACAACCGACACCGUCGCCAAGUCCAAAACAAUGCGAUAAAUGUGGUUUCGUAUGUGAAACAGCAGGACAAUUAAUUGAACAUUUACAAAUAGCUCAUCCAAAUACACCAUUUCCAAAUCAAUUUCAAUUCCCGCCGACGAACGGGGGACCAAAAGUGAAAAAAGAGGAUGGCGAACCGCAAGCGGAAAUCUUAGAUUUAGAUUCGCAAAAAGUGCAUGUGUAUCAAACACCCGAGGAACAGGAACAAGAUGCUUUGAAGCGACAACAGCAAGCUGAAUUAGCAGCUAUGGCGGGUGCAGGCGGUGGACAUCAUAAUCCACAUUCUGUGUCAGCCAUGUUAUCAACAUGGCCACCACCGUCGCAUCAUCAAAAAAUGAUGUUUCAUCCGCAUCCACAUACAACUUACGAUGAAACUUCCAAAAUGUACAACGGAAUGGGUGGGGGUAACGAAGAGCAUAAAAUGUUUGAUCAACAACCGAAAUUAUUUCAACCCCAUCAAAUCACAAAUAAUGAUUAUCAUCAUCAAAAUGUGAGCACAACAACACACCAUGAUAAUAUAUUGGGUGGAGGUGCAGGCGGGGGAGGUGGACCUGGACCGGGACCAGGAGGUCCUGGUUAUCGCCCUUACGAACAUAUACCCGUGCAACCAUCACCACCGAUAAUAUCUUCGACACAAAUUGUUUCUAAUCAACAAUCAAAUUUACCAACACCGAUUACAACAAAAGGUGGUGCAAAUUGGAAAUCAAAUGAAGCGCGUCGUCCAAAAACUUAUAAUUGUUCCGCGUGUAAUAAAUGGUUUACUAGUUCGGGACAUUUAAAACGACAUUACAAUACGACGUUGCAUAAGAAUGCUGUCAAAUCAUCUGGGCAACCAGAUCCAGCGACGCUACCUAUCAGUGCACACCAUCACCCGACGCGAGAUCCAAAUCACCAUUCAAAUCGACAGAAGCAACAACAGCAGCAGCAACAACAACAACAUGAUGUCAAUUCUCAAUCACCUGGGGGUGCAACGAUGAUGGGUGGCGGUGGCCAUUUAGGCCCACCAUCACAACCUCCAACAACCACAAGCGGUGGUGGUUCGGGUGAUGAUACAAACAGUGAUGACAUUGGCAGCGGAGCAUACGAUUCGCGAGGUCAACAUCCGGGUUUAUUACAACAACCUCCUAGUGGACCAUACGAUAGGCAUCCGCCGAAUAUCUCACAAAAUUCCCUUAGUCCAAAUUUAACAAAUUUAUCAUCAGGGAGUCCCCCAAACGGGGAAGCAGGUCCCUCAGCCAUCAACGAACUUUCGAGGGGCCUGCAACUACAACAAUCAUCGACAACUUCCACCCCCAUCACCCACAAUAUCCCACAUCAACUUUCUCACCUCUCACCGCAACACCACCAUUCCACCAAUAUACAUCCGCAAAUUUCGCCCACCACAACGACACAUCAUCCCCAUCAAUUGCUGCCCCCUUUCAACAUAAUAAACCAGCCUAUGAUGGAUAUCAUGCCCACAUCGGGGGGUCACCAAGUAAUGGGGACAUCAUCCAGCACCCCACAUCACAGUCCAUCAAUUUUCCAUCAUCCGGGACAUCAAAUCACGAACUACCCAAACGAGUUGUCCCCCCACGUUACACACCCAACUAUGGUGGUUAUCAACAGCAACACUCUACCGCAGCAACAGCUUCCGGUUUCAACCACCACCAGCCACAAUUCUAUUGGUGAAUACCAACAGCAAGAUUUUACAAACAUGAUUUGUAACACCAACGCAACGUCAUCAAGCCAAGAAAAUAAUUGUGGACCAUUACCUAGUUUUGCACAAUUUGCAAUGCUAAGUGGUGUUCAACCAUUGAAUCAAUUAGGUGUACAAAUCAUUAAUAGUAACGUGGGGGGGCCGAGUUCGGUAACGGACUCGUCAUCACAAACAUCAUCUUAUCAUAUAUCAACAACAAAUGAUAACACGAAUGAACAUAAUAACGAUCAUGAAGAAUCCGAAUUUAUUUUACCCGAUUUAAUUGAUGAAAAUACCAAAAUUAGCAGUACCGAUCAAACACCACCAAACAAUAAUAAUUAUCAGCAUAUUAUUUAUCGUUCAUCACCAAUCGAUCAUCAUUUUUAUCAACAGAAUCAACAGAUAACAGUGUUACAACCAAUCGAUCAAAAUACAUAUAAUUUUGGUGAUAAAUUCAGUGAUAAAUUAUUAAUAUUAUCACCAAAUAAUAACAAUUAUAAUCAAAAUUUUAUCGAUUAUAAUCAACAUCAAACGAUGAUCAACGAUAAAGAUUUAUCAUCAUCGUCAUUAUCACCAUUAUCACCACCAAAUUUAUCGAUAAAGCGUGAAGAGAUUGAGAAUGAAACAAGUAGUCCAUUAAUUACAUCAACUGGUAGUCCGUUAAAUAUCAAACGGAUGGAGAGUAAACGGGGCAGCGGCGGGGGUGCAGCGUUAAAUGGCGCAGCCGGUAGUGGUGUACAUAAAUGUAUAGAUUGUGAUAAAAUAUUUAACAAAGCAUGCUAUUUAACGCAGCAUAAUAAAACAUUCCACUCAGGUGAUAAACCAUUCAAGUGUGGCCGUUGUGGAAAACGAUUUUCCGAUAACACAAACUAUAAUAUCCAUUUAAAAAAGCAUGCGGGUGAUAAACCGCAUAAAUGUGAACAAUGCCCGAAGCAAUUUAAUCAUAAAACCGAUUUACGACGGCAUAUGUGUUUACAUUCCGGUUAUAAACCGUACGCGUGUGAUACAUGCGGCAAAGGUUUUAUCCGGAAGGAUCAUAUGGUCAAACAUUGUGAUACGCAUACGAGGAAAACUUCCAAAUUACAACAGCAACAGCAAUUACAAACGCAACAACAACAAUCACAGAUUCAAUCGCAAUCACAGCAAACGCAAGACGAUCGGAAAUUCGAUACGACGGCUCAAACACAAAGUCAUAUUAAUUCGAAUAAUGGUGGGAACACUGGUAAUUUUUAAAAAAUAAAUUAUUCCGUUUUACCUCGAAAUUCGGUUUCAUUUGUUUCUUCGGUUUGUUUUUUACGAAGUACUAAUAAAAAAACUUGCUAUAGUUCAAUCGCUUUACAGAGGUCACUUUUAACUGUAAAUUUGAAACUAUGUUCAAUCGUUUUCGAUUUGCGUCUUUCAUUUUUAAACAUCGGGUUGGAAA